AUGUCUAUUCCGUACUCAUGGAAAAUUGCUACCAACAAACGGACUGCCUUUCUUCAGCUCUUGAUGAGAUGGAAGGGAACAAUUUACAAGUACAUUCUACACGAUUUUUGUACUUUUCUACUGGUUUAUGGACUCAUCUCGGUGACGUAUAGGUAUCUCAUGUCUGACCAGUCAAGAAGGUUAGUGUAUUUAAAUGUUAAUUUGGGUUUAUUCGAUGCGCUGUGUUUUGUGCAUAGGUACUUCGAAUACUACUGUCAAUACUGCGCAGGCUAUGGACACUUGAUCCCAGUCGGCCUAGUGGUGGGUUUCUUCGUCGAUGUGGUGGUUAAAAGAUGGUGGGGGCAAUUUCAGACUAUUCCAUGGCCGGAUGAAAUUGCCUUGUUGCUCUCCGCCUACAUCCCCGAUGAUUCGGUGUUGACUAAGCAAAAAAUGAAGACAUUUAUGCGUUACAUUAACCUGGCCAACACAAUCACCCUGCGACUUUUCUGCUCACGAAUAAAGAAACGCUACGCUGUGGAUCAAAUUCUACUUGCUGAUGGUAUGAUGACACCGUCUGAAUUGAAAAGACUGCAAAAUUCAGCGCCAAGUAGAAAAGCCGCCUUCUAUGCCGCGCCACUCUAUUGGGCCGGUGAGCUGGUUCUUGAAAUGCGUGAUUCAGGUCUUAUUAUGAGUGAUCGGGCUGUGGAGCUCCUUUACAAGGGAAUCGCUGUUAUACGAGCCAAGGGGGCCAAGCUGAUCAUUUACAACAUGAUCAUCAAUGUUCCCCUUGGCUUCACUCAAGUGGCUACCAUAACCAUCUACGUCUAUGUUAUUGCUUCGACAUUUUCUUGUCAAUUUCUCGAUACUACUCAGGGGUAUAAAAGGAAAUUAGUGGACCUCUAUAUUCCCAUAUUUGGCAUGCUUCGACUGAUCUUCUUCCUGGGAUGGAUUAAGGUUGCAGAGGCGCUAAUUAAUCCUUUCGGCGAAGAUCCCGAUGACUUUGCCAUGGAUGAAUACAAUGAACGCGAUGUUCAGGUUUGCAUUCUAUUACUGGUAGUUGAUUAA